UGCCCGGGGACGCCGCGCCGCCCGCCCCCUGCAGCCUGUGCUGCAGCUGCUGGCCACCGGAGGGGGCGAACAAACGUCAACCUGUUGUUUGUCCCGUCACCAUUUAUCAACUCUCAGCACCACAAGGAAGUGCGGCACCCACACGCGCUCAGAAAGUUCAGCAUGCAGGAAGUUUGGGGAGAGCUCAGCGAUUAGCACAGCGGCCCGGGCCAUCUCUGGGCGAGCGCAGGCGGCGAGAGCGCGGCGUGGCGUCCGACCCGGGAGCGGAUCUGGCUUUUUCGUGGAGCGACGCGGUCCCUAGGUCGCUGAUCCCAAUGCGCCGGCUCAUCCUCAUCUACACUCUAGUCUGCGCAAACUUUUGCAGCUAUCGGGACGCUUCUGCAAUUCCGCAGAGCGCAUCCAUUAAAGCUUUGCGCAACGCCAACCUCAGGCGAGAUGAGAGCAAUCACCUCACAGACUUGUACCGAAGAGACGAAACCAUCCAGGUGACAGGAAACGGCCACGUGCAGAGUCCCCGCUUCCCGAACAGCUACCCCAGGAACCUGCUUCUGACGUGGCGGCUCCAUUCCCAGGAGAAAACAAGGAUACAGCUGGCCUUUGACAAUCAGUUUGGAUUAGAGGAAGCAGAAAAUGAUAUCUGUAGGUAUGAUUUUGUGGAAGUUGAAGAUAUAUCUGAAACCAGUACCGUUAUUAGGGGACGAUGGUGUGGACACAAGGAGGUUCCUCCAAGGAUAACAUCAAGAACAAACCAACUAAAAAUUACAUUCAAGUCUGAUGACUACUUUGUGGCUAAACCUGGAUUCAAGAUUUAUUAUUCUUUUGUGGAAGAUUUCCAACCCGCAGCAGCCUCAGAGACCAACUGGGAGUCAGUCACAAGCUCUAUCUCGGGGGUAUCCUAUCACUCUCCAUCAGUAACGGAUCCCACUCUCACCGCGGAUGCUCUGGACAAAACAGUGGCAGAAUUUGAUACUGUGGAAGAUCUGCUCAAGCACUUCAAUCCCGAAUCAUGGCAAGAAGAUCUUGAGAAUCUGUAUUUGGACACUCCUCAUUAUCGAGGCAGGUCAUACCAUGACAGGAAGUCAAAAGUUGACCUGGACAGGCUCAAUGAUGAUGUCAAGCGGUACAGUUGCACUCCCCGGAAUUACUCAGUCAACUUAAGAGAGGAGCUGAAGCUAACCAAUGUCGUCUUCUUUCCACGUUGCCUCCUCGUGCAGCGCUGUGGAGGCAAUUGUGGCUGUGGAACUGUCAACUGGAAGUCCUGUACGUGUAAUUCAGGGAAAACCGUGAAAAAGUAUCACGAGGUAUUAAAGUUUGAGCCUGGCCAUUUCAAGAGGAGGGGCAGAGCGAAGCACAUGGCUCUCGUUGACAUCCAGUUGGAUCACCAUGAGCGGUGUGAUUGUAUCUGCAGCUCAAGACCACCUCGAUAAAAGAGUGUGCACGUACAGUACUUACAUUAAGCAUGAAAGAGCCUUUAGUUUAAGCAGGGUGUGGCAAGAGACCCUUCUCCCACCAGCAACCGAACUUCCUGCUAGCCUGCAAAGCAAUGAAUACAAGUGGUUGCUGAGUUUCAACCUAGCUUUGUUAGUGCCAUGGCAAGUAGAAAGGUGUAUCAUCAACCUCUAUAUCCUAGAAUAUAGGAUUGCAUUUAAUAAUAGUGUCUGAGGAUAUAUAUAUGUACACACAAAUAUAUAUAUGUAUCUCCAUGUCUAUGUGUAAAUAGAUGAAAAUGGUUUAUUCAGUAUGUAUAACCAGGUACACCAGAGCUUACAUAUGGUUGAGUUAUUUAGACCCUUAAAAUCUUUUGACAAAAUAGGGGACAUAUACAUGAAACAUUCCUUUGGAAGAUUUGGAAGAUUAAUUUGUUUAUUUUAAAAUUUUGAAUCACAAAACAAUUUUGGAUCUUGCUCUUUUCAAGAAAGCACCUUGUGUAUUAAAAACCAAUAGAUGAGCUUUUCUUAUGCAUACAUCUAAAUUAUAAAAAAGGAAAAAUAUGGUUUCUGGGAAAAAGGCACAAACCUAACCAUUUUUCCCAUGAGAUGCACCACAUACUUACCUAUGUAGACAAUAAUUACCUGUCUCCAGAAGCAUGCCAUAGUAAUAUAGGUGCUUUAGAAAUUGUCAUUAAGUCUUCUUUUUAUGCCUCUUGCUGAGGCAUGCAAAUUCAUUUAACAUCUGUCUCAAAACAAGUUUCUCAGAAGGCUUAUUAUUAUAAUCCUAUGAGAGACAAUUUAUAAGUUGUAGCAGAAUUGUGAAUUGUUAAUUUCCAAAAACCCCUCUACAGUAGUAACUCUUUUGGAGAACGGCAUGGGUAGUCUAUAUAAGCCUUUCAAAACAGUGUUCAUUGAAAGAUUGAGGCAGUUGAAAGUCAAAAAUGUGAGUGUUGACAUAUUAACAUAACUGGAAAUUGGAUGGAAUAUUUGACAGGAUCCAUAUUUAACGGUGGAUUCAGACUCUCCAAACAAUGCCAAUUAAUUUUAUGUAUCUUGUUUUUGUGUUCCUGUCUCUUCAGUAUACAGACAUGGAUUUACAAUGACAUUUUAUAUUUGGCAAGCUCUCAAGGAUUAUUGAUAGCCUAAAAGCUUUUGUGUAUUCAAACAAACCAAUUUUAUUGACGUAAAUCCCUAAUCAUGUACUCACUCACCAUUCUGAAUUCCUGUUUCUGAACUAAGUGAAAUCAGAUCUGGGGUCUCUGGUUCUUUCCAAAUCUACGGAGCUUGUUCGAAGAAGCGACACUACCAAUUGUGGGAGCUCAAGUUCGCCCUGCUCUACUACUAGAAACCUGUUUUUGCAUUGAUGGUUGUUAUUGGUAUUUAAAGUAAUUUUUCCUCCCUGGCUCCUUAGUGUCUGUUUUAAAGGAGAGUGACUCCAGGCGUAGGAAGUGAUUCAUCAUUCUCCAAAGCAAGACUCUUAAGAGAGCAACACUGAAAUCAAGAUAGCCCAGGGGCUGCUCAGAGAAAGCUACAUUUUCCUUCCUGCCGUGAGAGAAAAAAGGAGAGCGGAUUUCUUCCAUGAGUCAGGGCCCUAGUGACUACAACCAAUUUGAGUGAGGGAUAUGUGACAGGGGCUUGUUAAGUCCCAGUGUCAGAUGAGUGGCCUAAAUAUACUUGGAUUUCUAAGCAUGGUGUUCUCAGGACCAAGUUCUCAACUACCCUUAGAAGCUCAUUUCUUCUCAGCUCCUUGAGAGGAAAGGCCAAUGCUUAUUGAAGUAAGUACCUUCAAAACUUCCCCAAAAGCAUCCAGUGUUUUUAUCUCAGGGGUGAGUGGUAAAAUUAAGUACUCUAUUGUCCAAAGUCUGUGUCCCCAGAGCACAGUCAGAAAUAGCUGAGGCAGACACUCUAAUAACAGGAACCACUCCUCCCCUUCAUGACCACUUGUGCCAGUUUCCCACGAAAACAUCAGUUUCUUGUACCAAAAUCAAAAUGUGUGUUACAUCACUCCGGUUUGUUCAGCUCACCUUGGAGCUGUAAGUAUGAAAAAUUAGAGUGUUCUACUCCAUUUUCAAUAAACCUUCCAGGCUGCAAUAACCAGGAUGGUUUUCGGUUAAAGCCCUAUCUGUACUUUUUAUUUAUUAGCUGAAAUGUAAGCAGGCAUAUUCACUCACUUUUCUUUCUUCUUUCCUGAGUGUUUUAUUAAAACUUCUCCCUUGGUUAUCUGUUAUCUAUUGCACUUUCAA